GUUAUGUUGGUAAGAAUUAUUCCACUAGCUAUUAAGUUGGUACACGUGUAGAGACGCCAUUGCGGCAUAAAAGCAAACGUCACCAGACGAAUUCCUCCAUUUUCUUGUAGGAUAGCGCAAUGUCGCACAGAAAAUUCAGCGCUCCUAGACAUGGGUCUAUGGGAUUCUAUCCCAAGAAGAGGUCAAGGCGUCAUCGCGGUAAAGUAAAGGCCUUCCCCAAGGAUGAUCCUAACAAGCCUGUGCAUUUAACGGCAUACAUUGCCUACAAAGCUGGCAUGACCCACGUUGUGAGGGAAGCCGACAGACCUGGUUCCAAGGUCAACAAGAAGGAAAUUGUCGAGGCAGUUACAAUUUUAGAAACUCCACCAAUGGUUGUUGUCGGUGUUGUUGGCUAUAUCGAAACACCACAUGGUCUUCGCGCUCUCACCACCGUUUGGGCCGAACAUUUGUCUGAAGAUUGUCGUAGACGAUUUUACAAAAAUUGGUACAAGAGUAAGAAGAAGGCUUUCUCCAAGGCCUCGAAGAAGUGGCAAGAUGAUCUCGGUCGCAAAUCCAUCGAGAAGGACUUGAAAAAAAUUGUCAAGUACUGCAAAGUUGUGCGCGUUAUUGCUCAUACGCAGAUGAAACUCUUGAGACAAAGACAAAAGAAAGCGCACAUUAUGGAAAUCCAGUUGAACGGUGGAACCAUCGAGCAGAAGGUUCAAUGGGCACGUGAACACUUGGAAAAACCAAUUCCAGUAACAAAUGUGUUCAGUCCCGAUGAAAUGAUCGACGUUAUUGGUGUCACCAAGGGAAAGGGAUACAAAGGUGUCACUUCCCGUUGGCAUACAAAGAAACUUCCCAGGAAGACGCAUAAGGGUUUGAGGAAGGUUGCUUGUAUCGGAGCAUGGCAUCCAAGUCGAGUAUCAUUCACUGUUGCUCGCGCUGGUCAAAAAGGUUAUCACCAUCGUACCGAAAUGAACAAGAAAAUCUACAGAAUUGGACAGGGAAUUCACACCAAGGAUGGAAAGAUUGUCAAGAACAAUGCAUCCACUGAAUACGAUCUCACGGAGAAAUCAAUCACUCCAAUGGGUGGUUUCCCUCAUUAUGGAGAAGUCAAUAACGAUUUCAUCAUGAUCAAAGGAUGUUGUGUCGGACCCAAGAAGCGUGUUCUCACUCUUCGCAAGUCCCUCUUGGUUCACACGAAACGAGCGGCUCUCGAGAAGAUCAACCUUAAAUUCAUCGACACCAGCUCCAAAUUUGGACACGGUCGCUUCCAAACUGCUGCCGAUAAGGCCUCCUUCAUGGGUCAACUUAAGAAGGAUCGCAUCCGCGAGGAACAAGCUGCAACCGCUGCUCCUACACCAGCUGCGGCUCAAUAAAAUCAUAUUUUGUAUGAUUAACAAUAAACGCAAAAAAAAUUUUAAA